AUGCGGGGCCCGAGUGUGGCUCUGUGGCUCUUCCUGGCUCUGCGCACUGUGCUCAGCGGCAGGGAGGUGCAGUGGUGCACCACCUCAGACCCGGAGCAGCAGAAAUGCAGCGACAUGAGCCAGGCCUUCCAGAGAGCUGGGAUCCAGCCCUCCCUGCGGUGCGUCCAGGGCACCUCAGCCGACCACUGCAUCCAGCUCAUCACGGCUGGGGAAGCAGAUGCCAUCACUCUGGAUGGAGGAGCCAUUUAUGAGGCGGGGAAGGAGCACGGCCUGAAGCCCGUGGUGGGUGAAGUGUAUGAUCAAGAGGUUGGUACCUCCUACUAUGCGGUAGCUGUGGUCAAGAGGAGCUCCAACCUGACCAUCCACACCCUGAAGGGCGUGAAGUCCUGCCACACGGGCAUCAACAGGACGGUGGGCUGGAACGUGCCCGUGGGCUACCUGGUGGAGAGCGGCAGCCUCUCGGUGAUGGGCUGCGACGUGCUCAAAGCUGUCAGCGAGUAUUUUGGGGGCAGCUGCGUCCCGGGGGCAGGAGAGACCAGUUACUCCGAGUCCCUCUGUCGCCUCUGCCGGGGCAACGCGGCUGGGGAGGGGGUGUGUGACAAGAGCCCCCUGGAGAGAUACUACGACUACAGCGGGGCCUUCCGGUGCCUGGCAGAAGGGGCCGGGGACGUGGCCUUUGUGAAGCACAGCACGGUGCUGGAGAACACUGACGGAAGAACCCUGCCCUCCUGGGGCCAGGGGCUGCUGUCACGGGACUUUCAACUGCUGUGCCUGGAUGGCAGCCGGGCCGACGUCACUGAAUGGAGACAGUGUCACCUGGCCCGGGUGCCCGCUCAUGCCGUGGUCGUCCGGGCUGACACAGAUGGAGGCCUCAUCUUCCGGCUGCUCAACGAAGGCCAGCGUCUGUUCAGCCAUGAGAACAGUAGUUUCCAGAUGUUCAGCUCUGAGGCCUAUGGCCAGAAGAAUCUGCUAUUCAAAGACGCCACCUCUGAGCUGGUGCCCAUCGCCACGCAGACCUACGAGGCAUGGCUGGGCCCUGAGUACCUGCGUGCCAUGAAGGGUCUCCUCUGUGACUCCAACCGGCUGCCCCACUACCUGCACUGGUGUGUGCUGUCCACUCCUGAGAUCCAGAAGUGUGGGGACAUGGCUGUGGCCUUCAGCCGGCAGAGGCUCAGGCCGGAGAUCCAGUGUGUGUCGGCCGAGUCCCCCCAGCACUGCAUGGAACGCAUCCAGGCUGGGCAAAUCGACGCUGUGACCUUGAAGGGUGAGGACAUUUACACAGCUGGGAAGGCAUAUGGCCUGGUUCCGGCGGCUGGCGAGCAGUAUGCCCCGGAGGACAGGAGCAGCUCGUACUUCGUGGUGGCCGUGGUGAAGCGGAACAGCUCCAACGCCUUCACCCUGAACGAGCUGCGGGGCAAGCGCUCCUGCCACCCGGCCCUGGGCAGCCCCGCCGGCUGGGACAUCCCCGUGGGCGCCCUCGUGCGCAGGGGCUUCGUCCAGCCCAGGGACUGCGACGUGCUCACAGCGGUGAGCGAGUUCUUCAGCGCCAGCUGCGUGCCCGUCAACAGCCCCGGGCACUACCCGCCUUCGCUGUGUGCGCUCUGCGUGGGGGACGAGCGGGGCCGCAACAAGUGCGUGGGCAACAGCCAGGAGAGGUACUUCGGCUACAGCGGCGCCUUCAGGUGCCUGGCUGAGGACGCGGGGGACGUCGCCUUUGUCAAGCACACGACUGUCUUUGACAACACAGAUGGCCACAGUUCCGAGCCCUGGGCGGCUGAGCUCCGGUCGGAGGACUAUGAGCUGCUGUGCCCCAACGGGGCCCGGGCUGAGGUGUUUCAGUUCAAAGACUGCAACCUGGCCCAGAUCCCGUCCCACGCCGUGAUGGUCCGGCCGGACACCAACGUCUUUGCCGUGUACGGACUGCUGGACAAGGCCCAGGGCCUGUUUGGAGAUGACCACAAUAAGAACGGGUUCAAAAUGUUCGACUCCUCCGACUACCAUGGCCAAGAUCUGCUCUUCAAGGAUGCCACCAUCCGGGCGGAGCCCGUGGGGGAGAAAACCACCUACCUCGACUGGCUGGGCCCCGACUACGUGGCGGCUCUGGAAGGGAUGCUGUCUCAGCAGUGCUCGCGUGCAGGCCUCACUGCCCCCGGCGCCUCCCCGCUGCUGCUGCUGCUCCCGCUGGCCCUCGCGGCCGGCCGCCUCCCGCCCUCCCUCUGA